CCGCUGCGUUCAGACCUCAGCGAGAGUGUUCUUAAAGAAAUAAUGGGCAUUUUUGAUUUGCAGCCUCGCUCCAAUUAGACCACAACCACACUCUCUCUCUCUGUUCAUGUUCUGCUUCAAAUUUCCCUCCACCCAGAAAAAGAGAGUGAUUUAUAUGAUACUUUUUUCUAUAUAUCUAAGCCAAGAAUCAAACUAGGGAGAGAAAUUGAGAGUGAAAGUCAUGGAAACCAACAAGUGGUUGUUCAUGUUCUGCUUUGCCUUGUAUCUGGGUUCUCAGUUGAUACAUUGUAGUGUGAACUAUGACAGGAAAGCCAUUAUCAUCAAUGGACAAAGAAGAAUCCUAAUCUCUGGCUCCAUACAUUACCCAAGAAGCACCCCUGAGAUGUGGGAAGAUCUCAUACAGAAGGCUAAAGAAGGGGGUCUGGAUGUUGUUGAGACGUACGUUUUCUGGAAUGUUCAUGAGCCUUCUCCUGGCAAUUACAAUUUUGAAGGAAGAUAUGACAUAGUUAGAUUCAUUAAGACCAUCCAGAAAGCAGGGCUCUAUGCUCAUCUCCGCAUUGGUCCUUAUGUUUGCGCAGAGUGGAACUUUGGAGGAUUUCCUGUUUGGCUGAAGUAUGUUCCAGGCAUAAGCUUCAGGACAGACAAUGAGCCUUUCAAGACGGCUAUGCGCGGGUUCACUGAAAAAAUUGUCAAUUUGAUGAAGAGUGAAAAUCUGUUCGAGUCCCAGGGUGGUCCCAUCAUCCUCUCUCAGAUUGAGAAUGAGUAUGGGCCGGAAGGUAAGGCGCUUGGAGCUGCUGGCCAUGAAUACAUGACCUGGGCAGCAAGUAUGGCUGUUGGUUUGGGAACAGGUGUUCCGUGGAUUAUGUGCAAAGAAGAUGAUGCCCCAGAUCCAGUGAUAAAUACAUGCAACGGCUUCUACUGUGAUACUUUCUCUCCAAACAGACCUUACAAACCUACAAUAUGGACAGAGGCUUGGAGUGGCUGGUUUACGGAGUUUGGUGGCCCAAUUCACCAAAGGCCUGUUCAGGAUUUGGCAUUUGCAGUUGCUCGAUUCAUACAAAAGGGAGGAUCAUUUGUUAACUACUACAUGUACCAUGGAGGGACCAAUUUUGGACGCACUGCUGGGGGCCCUUUCAUCACGACCAGCUAUGACUACGAUGCUCCUCUUGAUGAAUAUGGUUUGAUUAGGCAACCAAAAUAUGGUCAUCUAAAGGAGCUUCACAGAGCUAUCAAGCUAAGUGAGCGAGCUUUAGUUUCAGCAGAUCCAAUUGUCACUUCUCUAGGAAACUUCCAACAGGCCCAUGUAUUUACUUCAGAAGCUGGAGAUUGUGCUGCUUUUCUCUCAAACUAUGAUACCAAGUCCGUUACAAGAGUGAUGUUCAAUAACAUGCACUAUAAUUUGCCUCCUUGGUCCAUCAGCAUCCUUCCCGAUUGUAGGAAUGUAGUUUUCAAUACCGCCAAAGUUGGAGUUCAAACAUCACAGAUGGAAAUGCUGCCAAGUAAUGCUGAAAUGUUCUCGUGGGAUACUUAUAAUGAAGAUAUAUCAUCUCUGGAUGACAGCUUGGCAUUCAGUUCUGUUGGUCUCUUGGAGCAGAUAAAUGUCACAAGGGAUGCUAGUGAUUAUCUUUGGUAUAUCACUAGUGUUGAUAUCGGUUCAUCUGAAUCAUUCUUGCGUGGUGGUGAAUUGCCUACUCUCAUAGUGCAGUCAACAGGGCAUGCCCUGCAUGUGUUCAUAAAUGGACAACUUUCAGGCUCUGCAUUUGGGACAAGAGAGAAUAGAAGAUUCACAUUUACCGGGAAGGUGAAUUUGCGUUUUGGAAGAAACAGAAUCGAACUGCUCAGUGUAGCUGUCGGAUUACCUAAUGUUGGUGGACAUUACGAGACAUGGAACACUGGAGUCUUAGGUCCAGUUGCACUGCGUGGUCUUGACCAGGGAAAAUGGGACUUGUCCUGGGCAAAAUGGACUUACCAGGUUGGGCUGAAAGGAGAGAUCAUGAAUCUUGUCUCCCCUGAUGGUAUUUCCUCUGUUGACUGGAUGCAAGGUUCUUUGAUUGCACAAAAACAGCAACCAUUAACAUGGCAUAAGGCUUAUUUCAAUGCACCUGACGGAGACGAGCCGCUGGCUUUGGACAUGGGGAGUAUGGGAAAAGGUCAAGUAUGGAUUAAUGGUCAGAGCAUUGGAAGAUAUUGGACAGUGUUCGCAACUGGUAAUUGCAAUGGUUGCAGUUAUUCGGGUACAUUUCGACCUCCAAAAUGUCAGCUUGGCUGUGGCCAACCGACUCAGCAAUGGUACCAUGUUCCCCGGUCUUGGUUGAAGCCAACGCAGAACCUGCUGGUACUUUUCGAGGAACUUGGAGGGGAUCCCACAAAAAUUUCUCUCAUGAAGAGAUCUGUGACAAGCGUGUGUUCUGAUGUUGCCGAGUAUCACCCCAUGAUCAAGAAUUGGCACAUUGAAAGCUACGGAAAGACAGAAGAGAUUCACAAACCAAAAGUUCACCUGCGGUGUAGUCCAGGCCAAUCCAUUUCUUCCAUUAAAUUUGCAAGCUUUGGAACUCCUCUGGGCACUUGUGGGAGCUUCCAGCAAGGAACUUGCCAUGCUCCUACCUCAUAUUCCAUCUUAGAAAAGAAAUGCAUUGGGCAGCAGUGGUGCUCAGUGACCAUAUCAAACAGUAACUUUGGGCAAGACCCAUGUCCAAAUGUGUUGAAGCGGUUAACCGUCGAAGCCAUUUGUUCACCUAAUUCAAGGGGUUAAUUAGGUAAAUAUGGAUAGGGAUGCUUAAAUAUUGCAUCCAGUGAUUUAACUAUACAUACCCACAAAAGAAGAAAAAAAACAAGGAAAGUAGUGAAUUUAGUUAGAUUGAUGAAUGCCAUGUAUUGUGCUAGAGUGAGUAGUCUUUUAAUUUAAAGGGGGGACUAAAUGGGCCUCUGAAGAGUAGUGAUUUAUGGUCCCCAGCAUUUUAACCACCAAGGGGCACCGGUGAAGUUUAUUGUUUGUGUUGUUGAACAAUGUGCGAUUUCUUUAGUUUUGAUUUAAAAGUAGGGGAAAAGCAAAAGCAAACCCUUAUUUGGUGUUCUUGUUAGGAGCGGAUCCUAGCAUGACCUUCCUUUCUUAUGUGCAACUCUCUGUGACAAUUGAAAAGGCCUUCUCUUCUCUUCUCCUCUUCUCCUCUUCUGUGCCUUCUGAUUGUGUUCCUGGUAGAAUUACUUAUAUGCAGUUCAAUCUGUUUCUGAGUUGUUGGUUCAAGUAAACCUAUCCAAAUAUGAAGAUGUGCAAUAUUCACUUGUU